GACAAUCCCAGCAUCCUCACGGAUAUCCUGCCCGAGAUGGUCCUGGCCAUCGUGGGGCUGGUCUUCCUGGUCCUCCUGUUCACCGGGGAGUUCGAGCUGUGCCGCUACCUGGACUCCGCGCAGAGAGGCACGCCGCGCGCCCUGCCGGCCGCCGUGACGCUGCUGCUGCUGGUGGCUGUCCUCUCGGUGUGCCAGGGGGCGCUGUUCCUGCCCAACUCGCCCCUUUUCCUGUCUGUCGGGGGCGGCCUGCUCGUCGCCGUUGUGCUCUUCGCGGCCACGCGCGGCGGCAGCCCCGCGGUGCAG